AUGUACGACGUCCACACCGUCGUCUCGCGCUACUCUGAGCUCUGCACCUACAUCGACGAGCUGACCAGCGCACUCGUUCCCUGGAUGCUCUCUGCUCGUCUUGCGCAGGUCCGCAUCGUGGUCUUUGCCGACAUUCCGGGCCUGCUAUGGGAUACUGUCGAAGAGUGCGACGCAGCCGAUCGUUCCCAGGGCGGCCCGGGCGUCGUCGACGAGGUUCUUGUGAUCGAGCUGGCACCGCUGAUGGUCGCCGCUCAUGCUGCACCAUGCGUUGAUGCCCUGCAUGAUGUUUUCGGUGCGGCGCUUGCUCGCCUCCGCGAUGGUGCACCGCCUGCCUCGUGCUCGCGCCCCGGUCCGCGCCUCUUUCAGAUCAAGCCUGUCACCGUCGACACCGGGUGCACCGGCGGCAGUGUCUCGUCGGCCGACCCGGAAAAGCACUUUGUUGUCUCGUCGUCGUCGGCCGACCCGGAUCUGGCCCAUACUGGCGGUCUUCCGCACUCGGCACUCUCGCCUUCCGCUUCCAUCGCCCCACUGCUCUCCUCGGUCCUCCCAGGCACCCAUCUCGUCCUCAAUAUGUUCCGCUUUACCCCCGGGUGA